AUGGCCGAAGGAGGUCACUCGCUUCGCUACUUCAGUGGCGAAGAUGCCGACCAUCGCGAAUAUCAGCGAUGGAAGAUGUGGGUUCAGAACAAGAUGCUGACAAAUGAGAAGUUGGCAAAGGAGGCUCGCGGGCCCUUCGUGUGGACUUUGCUGCAAGGGCGUGCCCUGGAAGUUGUUGAACACUUGUCUCCCACGGAGUACCAGAAGGCCGGCGGAGAUAAGGUCCUGUUUGACCUUUUGGACCAGCGCUGGCCCCAGAAGGAUCGCCUGGACGAGAUGGGCGAGCAUGUGGCCGAGGUCUUCAUGCUGAAGUCGAAGGAGGGAGAGAAUGUUCGGCAGUGGUGUGCCAGGGCUCGGGAGGUCUUUGACCGAUGCCACCGUAAGACGGGCAUCCAGUUUCCGGAUGAGGCCCGGGGAUGGGUGGUGCUGAACUGCAGUGGGAUGACUGAGGAACAGAGAGCUGUGGUUCUGGCCCGAGGCAACGGAAGCCUCAAGCUGGACGACAUGGCACAGGCCAUGAGAUCCUGCUAUCCCGAGUUCGUGGUGCCAAGACGGCGCGCCACAGCAGCGCAUUACGCUGAGCAUGAGGAGGACUGGUGGCAUGACCAGCAGCCUUCCCAGGAGACCGGCGGCUACUACGAGGAGGCGCGAGAGGUCAAGAGGAGCUUCAAGGUCGAAGUGGAGGAACUCAAAAAGAGGACCCAAUGCCACCGCUGCGGGCGCACGGGCCAUUGGGCAAGAGAGUGCAAGCUCCCGCGCAGCAACCAGGCCGGCUCUGCCUCAGCCGGCGCCGCAACGGCAUCUAGUGCCUCGGGAGCAAGCAUGGUCCAAGCCCAGGGCCAGCACUUUGUCUGCUAUGUGAGCGUGGUUGUGCCAUUGGAGCAGAGGAAGCCAACGAUGCUGCAGGUCCUACGAGACCGGCUGAGACAAGGCCCAGAGGAGGCACUGUUGGUGUCUUCACCAGGCUAUGCGGUGCUGGACUCGGGCUGCGGACGGAGCAUCGUGGGCGAGGAGACGCUGGCUCAGUUCCGCAGGUUGUGGACCAAGGGGCAGGCACCCCUGCUGUUGUCCAGAGCGGCGCUGAAGCGCCUCAAGGCCCAGAUGGACUUUGAUGCCGACGAGCUGAUGAUUUUCGAGUCCAAGACCCCGGUCAGGAUGAUGACCAAUGAGGCUGGGCAGUACAUGAUUCCCGUGGCGAACUUCGAGAAUGCCGGUGACGCACCGCCGCGAGAGAAUCGCAGCCACUGCCUCAGUGCCGAGGUUUGCAGUUCUGAGGGUUUAGAUGAGUGGUCUCUUGAGGGGGAUAAGCUGAUCCGUUACCAUCGCACACGGCGCACGUGUCCCUUUUCCCCUGAUGAGAGUGAUUGCCCAGUGCCGGUGAAACAGCUUGCUGAUUCCUGUACUGUGGUCAAGGUGAACGAGCACGGGCUAGUGCUGCCUCCGCCGGCUCCGAUGACUUCGGAGAACGAGAUCGCUCUGAGUGAGUGGUCCAAGCGCCAAUGGCGCCAGGUGAAAUCUCAGGCCCGACAGCUGCCAGAGAUAAGCACGUCCUCUCAAGCCAAGCCCUCCAACACAGACAUCGUAGAGAUCUUUUCUCCUCCUCAGUUCGCAAAGCUGGCUGCAACUAAGGGUCUAGGAUGCGUUUCCGCAGAUUUGGCCACGGGCUGGGAUUUCCGUCUUCCCGGCCACCGGGAGUCCAUUAAGGAAUUGGUGUGCCAGAGCCGGCCCAGGCUUCUUAUCAUCGGGUCACCGUGUUCUUGGAACGGUGGUUGGUUUCAUCUGAACAAACCGUACAUGGAUCAGGGAGAGUUAAAUGAAAAGAGCCGACUCACCAGAAUGUUUCUGAAUUUCGCGGCCGAUCUGGUGCAGAUGCAGUUGGACCUCGGUGGUCAAGCCAUCCUUGAGUGUCCGAGCGGACCGCAUGCUUGGAGCUUGCCUCGGAUAAAUGCUUUACGCCGAGCGAUGCACGAGAUUACCGUAGACAUGUGCUGUUUUGGGUUGGCCGCUCCAGGCGAACUGCCGAUUCAUAAGCGCACUCGGCUCCUGGUUUCGCAUGCUAAUAUGCGCUCCUUGCAGCGGCAGUGUCAAGGCGAGCACCAGCAUCAGCACAAGGUAGGUGCAGGCAACCGAAGUGGAACUAUGAAUCGCUUCUCCAAUCAGUACCCUCCAGCUUUCAUGCGGGCAGUGCUUCGCACGCUGCCUGGUCGCCGAGACUCUGCUGCUUGUCUUGUCCAAGCCAGCACGGACAUUGAGUGCUUGGCUGCAGCGCGCGUGCAGCAGUUGAAUGCCGAGAAGCGAGAUGAAAUGCUGCAGAGCCUCAAGCGGUUGCACGUCAACCUUGGUCAUCCGUCAGCUGCGAAUCUGAUGCGUGUGCUUAAGCACGGCGGCGCCUCCAAGGAGGCAGUUGAGCUUGUCAAGGAACUUGAAUGUGAUGUGUGCAAGGCUCAAGCAGCCCCGAAGUCUCCGCCACCUGCCCAGACAAACCGUGCAACUCAGUUCAAUCAACGCAUUGGCGUAGAUGUCAAGUACCUGCCGGGCUGGAAGCCCAACCAGAAGGUUCCCGCGGUCAACAUUGUUGACUUUGCGUCCAGCUUCCAGAUAGUAGUGCCGCUGCAUGGCCGCGAGACUUCCGAGACCAUUCGGAAGGCACUGCUCGAGCGGUGGGUGUCAUGGGCAGGAACCCCGCAAGAAAUAGCCUUGGACCCUGCACAAACCAAUCUGAGUGACGCUCUGACGGUGCCGCAGGAACUUGCGGGCAGCAAGAUCUGCAUGACCGCAGCUGAGGCACACUGGCAACUAGGUAAGGUUGAGGUUCACGGUGGUUGGUUCGGUCGGAUUCUUCAGAAGACCAUUGCUGAGACGAUGCCUCAUGACCGGGAAACCUGGGAGGGAUGUGUGUACGCCGCUCACUGCAAGAACGAGCUCAUCCAGGUGUACGGCAUGACUCCUGCGCAGUUUGUUUUCGGUCGCAAUCCACACUUGCCGACAAACCUCCUAGACGAACCCCUGCAAGUCAUCCCCGCGACUGCUUCUCUCUAUGAAGAGAGCCUCCAGAGAGGCAUUGCUGUACGCCAGGCCGCGCGCAUGGCUGUCAUCGAGUUGCAGGAUAACAAAGCCCUGCGGCUCGCCUUGGCUGCCAGGCCCAGGAAGGUGCAAGCGUUUGAGCCAGGCAUUAAGAACCUCAUAGACUCCGGGUCCCUCCAGAGUAGACAAUAUGUGGACUUGGUGCCGCAGGGAGCUCCGCCCGCUGCAGCGCCAGAAGCCUCCGCCGAGGGAGAUGCCCAGAUGCCACAGGCAUCACAGCCCGUCAAGGGCUGUCUUUUGCACUAG